AUGACAUGUGUCGAACCUAAGUUGCUGACGAGGACGGGGACCAGCAGCGAGGAUCGCUAUCUCCUACAAGCAGGCCUCCGUGUCUCUCACAUUCCCAAAGAGGCGAUCUUCUGGACAUCACCUCGACCGAUAUGGAAGGACGAAAGAGAUGCUAAGCAUUCGGAAACUCCCGGCUUCAACACACGCCAGUGGAAGCUUCUGCUAGCCAUCCGCUCGUCCGUGGGAAAAUUCCGAGUGUGGUUAGAGGUAAGGUGUGUUGGUAUCCUCUUCCUUGGUCAACCGUCUCGGCAUGCUUGA